AUGGGUGACCUCUUGUAUGCAUUGCUCGACGUUUUAAUUCAGUGGACUAUAGCUGUUGACAAGGCUGCACGUUGCUCUCUAGUCACAGAUUAUGAAGCCUUGAAACUGAAUCGCCUGCAGUUCUUAAGUGUUGGUGGCAAAUUGGCGGGCUGCGUCGGUUUAACUGAUUCAACAAUGAAAUGUUCCGAUUACUGUCGUGGAUUGCUUGUUGUGUCAAAUGUCACUCGAUAUUGGUGUUGUCGAAAUAGUGAGGUGCCACCGCUGCUGCUUUUGACUAGUUCUGCCUUUCCGGUGCUCACGAUUCGUGGCAGUAUUUCAAUUAUGUUCAAUCCAUCACUCACAUCCAAUAUUCACUUCAUUUGGCGAAAGCAUUCACCUCGUUCAGCAUCAUAUCGAAAUGUGGGAAGUACUGCAAUUGGAAAUGCAGAAGCACUUGUUUUGCACUUCAUUCAAAAUAUGCACAUGGCUAUUAUUUUGUGCUAUAAUGCUCAAUUAUCAUUUAAAGAGCAAGUAAAUGAUUUGUUACUUAAAGUUGAAUACGAUUAUGACCUUGCAGUUUUGGGGACGUUAAUAAUUUUACUAAGGAUUUUGUAUUCAGAAGCAAUUUAUUUAGAAGGCAUGAAAGAUGAUGCGAGCAAGAAGUGUUGUGUACCUCAAAAAUGUGAAAUACAUAAGAGAAAAUUAGUGCGCACCACGAUAAUACCUUAA